AUGGACGAUGAGAGGAAGCAUAUCUAUGAGCAGAUGAGGGAGGAAAUCCAGAAUCCUGACAGGAAGUUUGCUGGAUCAGAAGGAAAACACGGGGAUCUUUGUCUGGUUUGCAUCGAUGGCGCCUGGCACAGAGCUCGGAUCGUUUCCAUUCAAAGUGACACUUGCAAUGUUUUUGUAAUCGAUCAGGGACUGCCACAUAUCACCACAAGCAAAGCGUUAGCAUGGGGACAUAAGGACAGUUUCCUCCUUCCUCCUGAAACUGAAUCAUGUAUUCUCGCUAAUGUCCUCUUCCUCGAUAACAGCUUGCCAGAAAGAGCCACAAAGUUUGUGAUGUCUCUGCGUGGUAAGAAGUUUAGAGGCCUGGUUCAAGCUGUGCUGAAGCCGAACAGAACCCUUCUACUCGACAUACCCAUGGUUUCCAAGCCGAUGUGUAUGUUUGGAGUUGCGAAGAAGAUGGUGGUAGACGAGUUUAAGUGCCUCGUACAGAAAUGUCUUGAAGUGGACCGCGUAACGCAAGAACGCAAUCUGAAUGUUGGGAGCAAACUUGAGAAGAUCGACCAAUACUUCUACCCAGAUCUGUUAAUGAAUGCUUUUGAACAUGUUAUUGUGACAGAGGUAACUAACCCACGCAACAUAUUUUGCCAACUUCACAUUUUCUCCAAGGCGGUGAAGACAAUAUCAGAGCAGAUGCAGCAGCAUUAUGAAAAGCACUCAGAUUCAGGAGAGACUUCGCAUUUGAACUGCGGGGAUCCAUGCGCUGCAAAAGGGAUGGAUGGAAAAUGGCAUCGCUCGUUACUGAAGCAAACCUUAAGCAAUGAUGAUGCUGUAGAAGUCUUCCAUGUGGAUGAAGGAAAAGUUGAAUCGGUCCCCGUUGGAGACAUUAGACCUCUGCACGGAGAACUUCUGAGGAUGCCUGUUGUCACGUAUCAUUGUUCUCUUGAAGGUGUAACGGAUGACGGAGCAGAAACGACCGGUUACUUGAAGUCCUUGCUUCUUAACAAAACUCAGGUGGCAAAGUUUAACCGCCACAAUAAACCUCAAGAUGUCUAUCACAUCACUGUCUAUGCAAAUUGUGGUACAUGCAUCAACAAUAGUUUCAUACAGAAGAUGGGACAUUUUGCAUCCUCUGAUGUUGUCAACACUGAACAAGAUUUAAAUGUGCAGAACACAGUGAAUGUUGAUGUUGAUGUUUUACUGGAGGAAACUUUGCCAAACACAAAGAACCAGUCAGUCAAUGGAUUGACCGAUGGACCAUCAACUGGCAGCAAAAACAGGGAACAACAUCCACCAAAUCAAAUACAGAUCAAUGGGAAUCUUCCAACUGAGGUGCAAAACACUCCCCAUGAUGAUGUGUUUGCUGUAGGAAGAAGCGUCAACGUUAUGGUAUCUUGCUUCGAAAGUCUACAGAAGUUCUGGUGUCAAACAACGGAAGAUGGUGACUCUUUAGGACGCUUGAUGAAUGACCUGCAAAACCACUACGCAUCCGCCCACCCUCAGCCCCUCGUCGAGUCAAUCUGUGUGGCCCGAAGUCCAGACAACGGCAUGUGGUACAGAGCAAAGAUCAUGGUGAGUCAACACUCCCCCGUUGUAGAUGUGAGAUUCAUAGACUUUGGUCAAACGAGAAUGGUUCCUCUGCGGGAUAUACGCCCCAUCGAUCCGGCUUUCUUACAGCUGAAUGCAAAGGCUUUUCAGUGCUGCUUAUACCAGCCUCCAGACAAGAAAUCCACAAAUCCCACUUGGACUGACAGAGAAUUUGUGAAGGUUGCAGAAUCAUGUGCUUCGUCAGGCAUUGGUUUGACUUGCACGGUAAAAGCUGCGACUUGUGAUGAGGAAGGUCUCCUGCUAAAUAUGCUAGAUAUUGAAACACCAUCUGACGGUACAUGCAGGCGUCCGACUAAAGAAUACGCACAGAAUGAAGCUCACAAAAUGCAAAAACCUCCACCGGUUCAAUCAGAUUCAUACAAUUACUCCACACACAACAUUCAGGUGAAUGGAAAAGAGAAAGUGUGGAUAAUGUCUUCAGACAACGUCAAUCUCUUUUACUGCCAACUGAACAGGAACUAUCAUCUCUUUGACAAAGUGAUGAAAAAUGUCAAACAACUACUCGGCAAUCAACAGGGCAAGGAUCGUCCACUUGGACUUAAUAGCAUUUGCUUUGCCAAGUACACUGAUAAGCAAUGGUACAGAGGAGAAGUGGUAGAACUGUCUCCAAAACUUAAAGUACACUUUGUGGAUUAUGGUGAAACCCUGGUCGUGAAUGAAUGGGAUAUUUGCCCCUGUCCCACUGGAGAAAGUAUUGUCAGAGCUCUCCCUGUUCAGGCUGUUCCACUGGGACUGUUUAAUGUCCCUGCAGAAGUGCCACAGGAAGUCAACCAGUGGUUUGCAGAUCAUGCCGUUGGCCAAAGUCUGACCAUUUCUGUGGUAGCUAAAGGGGAAAAGGGGAAGCUAAUUGUUGAACUGUUCGAUGGAUCUCUGAGUGUAAAUGCAAUAGUCAGAGAGAAGAUUUCAAAGAUGAAACCGGGGAUGACAGCUCUUGUUCAGAAGACUGAUCAGCAGCUUUUAAAUACCAUAAAACGUGCCAAUAGCAACGAAACCUGUGCGAGAGAUGAGCUGAGUUCACAACCAGUUACUAAAGUCUCUUUGCCAGAGAUUGAACAUGAACAGACUUUAGAUGAAGGAAGAAAACCAACUUCGGAAAUAUGCAGCAAUGAUUCAGAAGUGACACAACUUUCCCUUCUUUCUUGCCCCCGUGUGAAUAUCAGCAUGUACACAUGGCCAAACAUUUCAGAAAGCAAGACAGUGGAGGUAUAUGCAUCCUGCAUUGAUGGACCACAUUUCUUCUGGUGUGAGUACGCAGAUGAAGAGGAGCAGAAAAAAGUGACAAGUCUUGCUCAGGAAGCAGGACUGGCUCAGCAGGAUAUGACAUUUCCUGAGACUCUCGGUCCUGGUUGUCCAUGUCUUGCUCUGUUUUCAAGUGACGAACAGUGGUAUCGAGCUCAAGUUCUUCGCAGAGUUGAAGAUACAUUUGACGUUUUGUUUAUCGACUAUGGAAAUGAGACUGACGUUGACAUCAAGAACGUGAGAUCAGUGCCUCAGAGUCUGAUGGAGAUAGAUCCUCAGGCCUUUCUGUGCUCUCUGGAUGGAUUUGAUAAGUCCAAAGGCUCCUGGGAUGACCAAGUUCAUGAUGUCUUCUACAACCUUCUGGUUGAUAAACUAAUCAGGGUGAAAGUGUUAAAUAUAGAAGAGAAUUCAGACAGUGUGUUCCCUCAAUAUGCGGUGGCAAUUGAGUGUGAAAAUGUGGUUAUGAAUACCGUGAUGCAGAAAUACUGGAAACCGCUUCCCACAGAACAUGCCAAACCUGAAAUUGAUCAAACCGAGACUUCCCUCCAAGACAUUCAGACGAAGUCCAACAGAGACAUUCAGACGAAGUCCAACAAAGACAAUCAGACGGAGUCAAACCAAGACAUUCAGACGGAGGACAUUCAGACGGAGUCCAACAAAGACAUUCAGACGAAGUCCAACAAAGACAAUCAGACGGAGUCCAACAGAGACAUUCAGACAGAAGACAUUCAGACUGAUUCCAACAAAGACAAUCAGAUGCAGUCCAACAAAGACAUUCAGACAGAGUCCAGCAAAGACAUUCAGACAGAGUCCAGCAAAGACAUUCAGACAGAGUCCAGCAAAGACAUUCAGACUGAGUCCAGCAAAGACAUUCAGACUGAUUCCAACAAAGACAUUCAGACGGAGUCCAGCAAAGACAUUCAGACAGAUUCCAGCAUCACACAUCUUAAUGUUUCAACAGGAAAUGUGAAUGCUGGUAUGUUCAAGGAGCCAAGCAUCUCCAAAAACAAACAGGAGGAGGUAUAUGCAUCCUGCAUUGUUGGACCACAUUACUUCUGGUGUGAGUACGCAGAUGAAGAGGAGCAGAAAAAAGUGACAAGUCUUGCUCAGGAAGCAGGACUGGCUCAGCAGGAUAUGACAUUUCCUGAGACUCUCGGUCCUGGUAGUCCAUGUCUUGCUCUGUUUUCAAGUGACGAACAGUGGUAUCGAGCUCAAGUUCUUCGCAGAGUUGAAGAUACAUUUGACGUUUUGUUUAUCGACUAUGGAAAUGAGACUGACGUUGACAUCAAGAACGUGAGAUCAGUGCCUCAGAGUCUGAUGGAGAUAGAUCCUCAGGCCUUUCUGUGCUCUCUGGAUGGAUUUGAUAAGUCCAAAGGCUCCUGGGAUGACCAAGUUCAUGAUGUCUUCUACAACCUUCUGGUUGAUAAACUAAUCAGGGUGAAAGUGUUAAAUAUAGAAGAGCAUUCAGACAGUGUGUUCCCUCAAUAUGCGGUGGCAAUUGAGUGUGAAAAUGUGGUUAUGAAUACCGUGAUGCAGAAAUACUGGAAACCGCUUCCCACAGAACAUGCCAAACCUGAAAUUGAUCAAACCGAGACUUCCCUCCAAGACAUUCAGACGAAGUCCAACAGAGACAUUCAGACGAAGUCCAACAGAGACAAUCAGACGAAGUCCAACAGAGACAUUCAGACAGAGUCCAACAGAGACAAUCAGAUGCAGUCCAACAAAGACAUUCAGAUGGAGUCCAACAAAGACAUUCAGAUGGAGGACAUUCAGACGGAGUCCAACAGAGACAAUCAGAUGCAGUCCAACAAAGACAUUCAGAUGGAGUCCAACAAAGACAAUCAGACAGAGGACAUUCAGACGGAGUCCAACAAAGACAAUCAGAUGCAGUCCAACCAAGACAAUCAGAUGGAGUCCAACAAAGACAAUCAGAUGGAGUCCAACAAGGACAUUCAGAUGGAGUCCAACAGAGACAAUCAGAUGCAGUCCAACAAAGACAUUCAGACGGAGUCCAACAGAGACAAUCAGAUGCAGUCCAACAAAGACAUUCAGAUGGAGUCCAACAAAGACAAUCAGACGGAGUCAAACCAAGACAAUCAGAUGGAGUCCAACAAGGACAUUCAGACGGAGUCCAACAAUCAGACGGAGUCCAACAGAGACAUUCAGACGGAGUCCAACAAAGACAUUCAGACAGAGUCCAACAAAGACAAUCAGACGGAGGACAAUCAGACGGAGGACAUUCAGACUGAUUCCAACAAAGACAAUCAGACGGAGUCCAACAGAGACAUUCACACGGAGUCCAACAAAGACAAUCAGACUGAUUCCAACAAGGACAUUCAGACGGAGUCCAACAGAGACAAUCAGACAGAGUCCAACAGAGACAUUCAGACGGAGUCCAACAGAGACAUUCACACGGAGUCCAACAAAGACAAUCAGACAGAAGACAUUCAGACGGAGUCCAACAGAGACAAUCAGACGGAGUCCAACAAGGACAUUCAGACGGAGUCCAACAGAGACAAUCAGACUGAGUCCAACAAAGACAUUCAGACGGAGUCCAACAAAGACAUUCAGACGGAGUCCAACAAAGACAUUCAGACUGAUUCCAACAAAGACAAUCAAACGGAGUCCAACAUCACACAUCUUAAUGUUUCAACAGGAAAUGUGAAUGCUGGUAUGUUCAAGGAGCCAAGCAUCUCCAAAAACAAACAGGAGGAGGUAUAUGCAUCCUGCAUUGUUGGACCACAUUACUUCUGGUGUGAGUACGCCGAUGAAGAGGAGCAGAAAAAAGUGACAAGUCUUGCUCAGGAAGCAGGACUGGCUCAGCAGGAUAUGACAUUUCCUGAGACUCUCGGUCCUGGUAGUCCAUGUCUUGCUCUGUUUUCAAGUGACGAACAGUGGUAUCGAGCUCAAGUUCUUCGCAGAGUUGAAGAUAAAUUUGACGUUUUGUUUAUCGACUAUGGAAACGAGACUGACGUUGACAUCAAGAACGUGAGAUCAGUGCCUCAGAGUCUGAUGGAGAUAGAUCCUCAGGCCUUUCUGUGCUCUCUGGAUGGAUUUGAUAAGUGCAAAGGCUCCUGGGAUGACCAAGUUCAUGAUGUCUUCUACAACCUUCUGGUCGAUAAACGACUCAAAGUGACAGUCCUGAACAUGGACUCCCAUCCAGAUAUCGCAGUUCCUCUGUAUGCAGUGGAGGUGGAGUGUGAGGGAGCGGUUGUAAAUACAAUGAUGGAGAAAUACUGGAAAGGAUUGGACACAGGCGACGCUUCUGGAAUGUGUUUGGAAGCAGAAGUUGGCCAUGAUGAAGCGCGAUGAAGAAUUUAAAGUCAUCGAAAGAAUGCUCUGGACCCACGAAAGCCAGACGUGAAUGAGCUGUCUCACCCCUUGUUGACAAAUACGUUUUUAAGCAGAAAAAUGUAAAAAGAUUUAAAUAAAUAAAGGAAAUUAAGCUUG